AUUUUCAAAGCAGUGUGCUGCGGUUGUCUGCUCAGAAGGCUCAGUGUGUUGUCUGACACACAUUACCACCAACCACAACGCAAGAGGACAGUUACACAUCUACAGCAACAUAUUCACUUUUAGCUCUCGCAACAGAGAUCACUGCCUUUAGAAAAUUAUGGAGCGUUUUUCUUCCCAAAGUGAAAAAACUCCAUGGACAAGAGCUAAACGGUGGUGGUGUUUGUUGAUAAUGUUCCUGAUGUUGGUAACGUUUAUGUUAACUUUCUACAUUUCGAGACCCAAAGUGUCAUGGUCUUUGAAGUUUUGGACAAGGUUAAAGUCAAGCCAAUCUCACGACGAUAUGACUCCAGCGUUUACUACUUCACCAGAGGAUCCUUCACCGUACUUUGUGCCUUACCCUCACAGGUAUCGAUUCAUAUUGGACGAACCCCAUAGAUGUUUGCAGGAAAGACCUUUCUUAGUUCUUGUGAUUCCAGUCGCACCCCACAACAUAGACUCCCGUGACACAAUCCGUAACACAUGGGGGAAAGAAACCACAGUCCUGGGCCAAGUUGUGAGCCACUACUUUCUGCUGGGGCUGUCCAAAAAGGAAGAUGAGACUGCAACCCUCAAGGAGCAACUGCUAGAGGAAAGCCAGAGACAUCAUGAUAUUCUCCAGAGUGAUUUUUUGGACAGCUAUAAUAACCUCACCAUUAAAACCAUGGUCAUGUUUGAAUGGCUUGACUCCCACUGCCCCUACACCUCCUAUGCCAUGAAAAUAGACUCGGACAUGUUCCUCAAUGUCCACAACCUUGUUGACUUGCUUUUGAAAGCCCCCAAACAACUUUACAUGACAGGGAUGGUGGUGAGGAAUGCUUUUGUUGUAAGAAACCCAACAUCGAAGUGGUUUAUGCCCUAUUCUGCCUUCUCUGGGUACAUGUACCCACCGUAUGCCAUGGGACUGGGUUAUGUGUUGUCACUGGAUUUACCCAAGAAGAUACUGGAGGCAUCUGAACAUGUUAGAGCUGUUUACAUUGAAGAUGUGUAUGUGGGACUGUGUAUGGAGCAUUUGGGAAUCCAAAUGACAGAUCCUCCUCGUGGUGAUUUGUUUAGGGGAUUUCGUACUCAUUGGACAAGCGACUGUUACUGGACUUCUGUCAUUACAACAAUACUGCAAACCUCUAAACAGCUUUCAGAAGCAUGGAAAGCAUAUUGCACUGUGAAAACCACUGACUGCUAAGACAAUCAAAGACUGUUACCCACAUAACUUCAUAGCAGUGUUGCACGGUACAGCCAUGUUGCAGUAUGGCAGAUACAACACUGUAUCACUCUGUUAGAGUUGUUUUUGAAGGCCUUAAAAACACUCGCUGAUGUUCGUUGGUGGUCUUAACCUACCUCAUAACAAAGAAAUUAUAUUUUGUAUAUGCAAUAGUUGUCACUUCCUACACCAUUUAUGUAUGUAGUGACAGCUUAUGUGAUCUUCAGUCAGUUUUUUAAACUACUUAAAGUGAUAGUUGUAUUAAUAUUUAUGUUAUUAAUAAUUUAUGUCUAAUAGUAUAGACCAUUGGCAUUUUAUUCCUUUUACCCCCCUUUUGAAAGUUUGGAUUGUUGGGUCCUCAUUUGGUGCACCAAAUCUGAAACAAUGUGGAAGUAGGUGCCACAUACAGUUUAAGACAUACUGUACCUCAAAGGCUUUUGGUGCAUGUUUGGACACUUUAAAGUGUACCUAAAAACGCAUCUUUCAGCGAGUUAAGGCCUUACAAAAUAUGAACAUUUUGACGAAUAAUGUGUUGAUAUCCUAAAGGGUUUGCAAAGUUUGCACAAAUUAUUUAAAAUAUGUCAAUACUUGCACAGUUGUAGGAUGGAUAUGUUGUGUUCAUGCAGCUUUCAUGUCUAACACAUCAAAUUUAAAUGUGUUUUAAACUCAGCAGUAGUUACCAAGCUGUGAAACAAUGGAGUUGUAUUCACCAAAAGCGGCUACAUGUGAAUCAUAUUUUUAAUGUUACUUUAAAGGUACAAUGUGUAAUACCAAGCCACCUGCUACAAGGAAAUAGGGUACGAUAUUGUAUCUCUACUAUGUAAAGUGGCUCUGGGGGAUGGAGCUUAAGUUAGCAGCUGUGCUGGAACAUUGUUACAUUGAGCUAAUUUUGUGAUGGCAGUAACAGAAAAUGUAGCAAUCUGCUAACGGAAGAUCCGCCCAUCUCCUGAUCCCCUAUGAAUAUAGUAUAGAGAGGUGCAGGGAUGACGUGUUUUUGCAGGCUGACCCGGAAGUAAACUGCCCAUGGGUUCCCUCGACAAAAAGUCUAUGCAAUUUCUCCAUAGGGUUUUGGAAUAUUGUAAAAAAUAAGGUCUUUGGAAAACGAACCUGUUUGAUAAGUGCACGUGUUGUUCAGCUGGAUAAUCUCCACAUGUCUACCCUACUUUUAUCAUUUUCAAAUCAUAAAUCUAAUCGCCAGAAGCAAAAUUCUAACGUUAUGCUAUAAACGAACUACAGACGAGUACAGCAGGGUCGCAUGACUUCAACACCACGCCAACUGAAGAUCCUUUCAACUGAUAAAAUACACCAAAAAAACAAAAGUGGUAUUACAAUAAAAGACUUGGGCCAGGGCUCAGCUAGCGAUUUCAUUUUAGUAGAUAUCUCUGCAGUGCAAUAGGCUACAUAGACAUCUAUGACUUAACAUAAACACCAUUAGCCUACACCUUAAAUGAUGUUGAUAAUGAUACUUAUUUUAAUGGUUUAAAUUUAAAUUCUUAUCUUAACCAAUGCAACUUUAAUGAUAUGAUGAUAUUGUGUAUGAUAAGUACAAAAUGACUAGCCUUCACCAAAGAAACUAACCAGACAAGAGAAAGAGGUCUGCUAUACAAUGUUGCCAUGUCACUUGGGAAAUUCCAGACAGUCUGCUGCAAACAUUUUAAGUUGCAACAACUCUUAAAUAAUCUCAAUAACCAUGACAUCUUUAAAAAGCUUUCAACAGCAACAUACAGCUUUUCUUUUGUCAUACAUGUGGUGGCACACUUGGCUGUAAACAGAAGAACAGUUUUUUUACUUUCUCUAGUGGAAUGGCGGCACUGAAGAUGGCAAUGUCAGACCUUUUAUUGUUCAGUCCACCACUUUGGUGCAUUCUAAAAUAUCUGUUUUGCAUAAUGUGAAAUCCCAAAAUGGUAUUCAUCAGCCUUUAAUGAAGGUAUUUAUAAGUAAAAAUGGCAUGUAUCACAUGAAAUUGAUCAGAUAAUUAAAAAAUACAACUGUCAAUGUAUGUAUGAUUCUAAUUGUAACAAUUGAUAUGUUUAUUUAAAUAGACGUUCAUUAUGUAUUUAUCUAUUCUGUGCAUAAAUAAAUAAAUAUAUAUUUCCAUUUUCUAA